CUCUAAGCCACAUAGAAUACAAUCAUCUCAACUAGAAAAAUCCUGGUGUAGCUUUCUUGUUUCUUUUUUUUUUUUUGCAAGUAAGCAUAGAGGUCGGACCUAAAGGCUAGAGCCGUAUCACGUGAUCAUCCUUCCAAACGAUAAGGCCCAAGUUCAAGGCCGAAAGUACUGCAACUUCCAUUUUGCUUUCCCUGAGCUCUCUUCUAUCUAUUGAAGAUCAUUUGCUGAUGUUGACUAAGGCAGUGAUUGUGCUUCUGUUUAGUCUUGUGGUAUGGGCUUAUCAAACAAUAAAGCCUCCACCGCCAAAGAUAUGUGGCCUCCCCAAUGGUCCUCCUGUUACUUCACCACGAAUCAAGCUUGGUGAUGGAAGGUAUUUGGCAUACCAAGAGAGAGGCGUUGUCAAAGAGAACGCUAAGUACAAGAUCAUUGUUGUUCAUGGGUUCGACAACUCGAAGGACAUGAAUUUAGCUGCGUCUCAAGAACUAAUUGAUGAGUUGGGAAUAUACUUCUUAUUAUUUGACAGAGCCGGGUAUGGAGAGAGCGAUCCAAAUCCAAAUCGCUCGGUGAAGAGUGAAGCAUUUGACAUACAAGAACUUGCAGACCAGCUAGAACUAGGGUCUAAAUUUUAUGUGCUUGGAGUUUCCAUGGGAAGUUAUCCCACUUGGGGUUGCCUCAAAUACAUACCUGACAGGCUAGCAGGUGCAGCUCUAAUAGUUCCGGUUGUAAAUUACUGGUGGCCUUCGUUUCCUUCCAAUCUAUCCAGGGAGGGUUAUGGGAAACUACCAUUGCCAGAUCAAUGGAGUAUUCGGGUUGCACACUAUGCGCCUUGGCUACUAUACUGGUGGAUGACACAGAAUUGGUUCUCCUCAUCAUCGAUAGUGAAGAGCCACCCAGAAAUUUUUAGUACCCGAGACAAAGACAUCCUGAAGAAGAUGGCUGCAAAUCUGAAUCGUAAUCAGACUAAGGUACGACAGCAAGGUAUUUUUGAAUCUCUCCAUCACGAUUAUAUGGUAGGUUUUGGAAAUUGGGAGUUUGAUCCGAUGAAUCUGAGCAAUCCAUUUCCUCAAGAGAGCAAAAUUGUUCACAUCUGGCAAGGUUAUGAGGAUCGUCUCGUGCCAUUUCAACUACAAAGGUUUGUUGCAGAGAAGCUGCCCUGGAUUUGGUACCAUGAAGUUGACAAUGGUGGACAUUUGAUACAUCAUGAUAGUGACUUAUUCGAAACCAUGUUAAGGAAGCUUUUGCUUUGAUGCCUUCUUUAGUCUCCUGUAAAUGUAGUACCUAGCUGCUUAUUGAAAUCAUAUACUGUCCAAUUUUAUUUUGUACACAACUCAAAAUUGAAGUUCUGGAG